CUCGUUUCCCGGUGACGUUUCGGGAAGCCCGCUGUAAAAGAAAGCGCUGCCAGCCGACCGUGUCUUUGGCCACCAUGCCGGCACGCUGACGGACGCUCAUGGCUGCGCUCACGUUUCAUCUCGUGCUGCUCGUGGGCCUGGCCUGCACAGCCCAGGGCCAGUCCGAUUUUGCUGACCAGGCCACAAAGUCCUUCCUGGGCAUGCUGUUCGCGCCCUUCGGUAACAAGCCGAGCAGUCCACCGUCCGAGCCUCUGUACGAAUCGUCAUACGUCAAGCGCCCAGUGCACGAGCCAGAUCCCUACAAGCCGAGCUACAGCCUAACCCCACCACGAUCCUACCACCGAGCGGAGGCUCACCACCGGCCCGAAUCUCCGUACCGAGCGCCUCCGCACGAGGUCCGGAGCAAGUCCCGCUCGGGCCCCUGGAUCUCAGCUCCGGAAGAACACUGGGUGCCUCCCCCUAGCCACUGGGAGCCUCCUGCCUGGCAGGCUCCCAAACCCAAGCACGGCGCCUUCACCAUCAAGAUCCGGCCAGCAGCACCUGAAGAGGACCACCACCACCACCAUUCCUGGGAUGACCACGGCCACCAUCACGGCCACGGGCACGGCCACGCCUGGAGCAUCGAUAAGAAACCUCACUACAAGACGGUCGACGCCAAAGUUCGGCUUCCACCAGUCAAGUUCCGCCUCCACGUGAGCCCCAAGAUUCGCAUCGUGAGUGGCACCAAGGACCCCCUAGAACGGCCCCCGCCCCCUGAACCAGAGGAGCACUUCCCCUGGGAGAAGCCCAGCACGGGCUGGCACAAACCGAGCUCCGGAUGGGAAAAGCCUCCAGCGGGCUGGGAGAAGUAUGCGAGCGGAUGGGAAAAGCCGUCUUCAGGAGGCUGGGACCGCUAUGCCUCGAGCGGCUGGGAGAAACCCUCUGGAGGAUGGGAGAAGUCUUCGGGAGGAUGGGAGAAACCCUCAGGAUGGGAGAGGGUUUCGUCGGGCUGGGAGAAACCCUCCUCCAGUGGCUGGGAGAAGCCUUCCUCAAGUGGCUGGGAGAAGCCUUCUUCAAGUGGCUGGGAGAAGCCCUCCUCAAGCGGGUGGGAAAAAUAUGCCUCGAGCAGCGGCUGGCAGAAACCGCCUUCGAGUGGCUGGGAAUCGUCACCACCAAGUGGCUGGCACAAGCCGAGUAGUUGGGACGAUUCUCACCAUCGCCACUUCAAGCCCCACCACCGGCACUACCCGCCCGAUUACCCUCGCUACGACCCACACUUUCGCAUCAAGGUUCAUCCCCACAUCGUGACCGAUCCUCCGCCAACGACAACUACCACAACCACUGAAGCGCCCACAUCGUCCAGCCUGCGCACUCGUAGUGAUCCCCCAGAAUACCCCAGUCCUGAAGAUAGAGUUGACCGGACUGACGCAACCACACCUUCCACAACUACUACUACUACUACCACUACCACCACCACCACCACCCCCACCCCGUCCACUACGACUGAAAUAACCACCACCAAUGCAAGUCCCGAGCCAACAACAUCCAGUGAGGAGCCUGCAGAACCUACAUCUACGUUCUACACACUGGACGUUCCAGACGUUGGCACCACAACGCCGAGAGGGUUAGAGAGAGAAUCACCCACAUCACGGCCUACCACCGAGAUCCCAAUCGACAGCAUACCCACGGAUCACGAGUCGACGACAAAGCAUAGCAUCAGCCCUCGAGAAGAAACUACCACUGGCAGGAGCACUGCAUACACGGAGCCACUGGAAGAGCACGGUGGCAUCACACCCUCACUGCUACCAGAGAAGAGAUCGAGGGACCCUGUGACCACUGCAGCUAGCGCCCCUCCAGGGAAGAGGUUGAAAACGCCAGUCACAACUGCGUCGAGCUCAGACUGUGCCACAGGGCACAGCCACUCACGCAAGGAUCAUAAGCACCACUCCAAGAGCCACAGGACCAAAGAGGCCACUUCAAAGAAACCUACUCCAGAGAUUGAAGGAAGCACUCCAGCAGCAGUGCAAACCACAUCAACAGAGCUCGAUGCCCACAAUGAAGUUCCCAUGAACAAACUGGAGGAGAGUGCAAAGCCAAGCAAGACCGACCAGGAGCUGCCCCUUGUUGCAGAUGCAUCGAGCCCUGAGGAGGUAUCCACAGCUGGUUUAAAUGCAUGACUAGUCUCGAUGUUGGUGGGUGAUGGAGAAGCACGUCACUGGCACAACGUCUUAGGGUCAGUGGCCAGGGCAGUCAAUGAGUUUAAGAACUACUAUUGAGCACUACCAUGAAUGGCUCUGAGACAAGUCAAAACCACAUGUCCCAACAGGGACCUUGGCUUUCAGGGCCACUCCACCUGCCAUAAGUGCUCAUGGUGAUACCUCUCAAAGGUGUCGGACAGCCCACUUCUCGCAAUACUAGGAAAAAACAUCCCCACCAACAUCAGUCGUCUGAUAAACAUGGCACAAGCUGCCGAAAGGACUUGCUUCCACAUAGAUGAGCCACAGGGUUCGCAUGACUGUUUUCAAAGCCUUUUGUGAAGGCCUUCAUGCCAUCCUUCUGAACAAGCAGGGCACAUGCUUCUCAUGUUGGUUUGACAGUGAACCUACACACACAGGGCUUUGCUUGGUUCAGCUUCAAUAUUCUUUGUAAAUAUCUGGGUUUGGUGUUUCAUUGUGUCGGUGUUUGGGUGAUCACUCUUGGAUACUGCUCUGGAGUAGUGUGCCUACGACAAAGAUGCAAGCCAAGUUGUGUGUGUUGGGGGCUUAAGAAUUCCUACUCAAGAACUCGCUGUUGGGGGCUUAAGAAUUCCUACUCAAGAACUCGCUGCCAUAUAACGAAUGCAGCUUGCUGCACUGUUCAAGUCACCAAGAAUGGGUGUUUCUAAGACUACAGUGAGUGGUGGUGGGUGUUAGUAUGCACCGGCUGCUCAACUUUUUUUGUGGAUACCAAGGAAUCUAAAAUAAACAGCCUCUUACAUACUACA